AUGAAAGUCAUUGAUAAGAUUCACAAAGCCGAACAAGAGGGUCGCCCCUUCUGGUCAUUCGAAUACUUCCCUCCCAAGACACCUCAGGGUGUCCAAAAUUUGUAUGAUCGUAUGGAAAGAAUGCAACGUUACGGACCUGAAUUCAUUGAUGUCACUUGGGGUGCUGGAGGUACCUCUGCUGAUUUGACCACUGAAAUUGUUGCCACUGCACAAUCCGUCUAUGGCUUAGAGACCAUGAUGCAUUUGACUUGUACCAACAUGCCUGUCAAGCAAAUCGAUGAUGCCUUAGAGGCCGCCAAAAACUGUGGAUGUCAAAAUAUCCUUGCAUUGCGCGGCGAUCCUCCCAAGGGUCAAGCCAACUGGGAGUCUUGCAAAGAAGGCUUUGAACACGCUGAUGAUCUUGUUCGCUACAUUCGUGAGAAAUACGAUGAUUAUUUUUGUAUUGCUGUCGCUGGUCAUCCCGAAGGUCAUAUUGACAACCCCGACAAAGAAGAUGAUCUCUUGCAACUAAAGAAAAAGGUGGAUGCUGGUGCUGAUCUCGUUGUCACACAACUUUUCUUUGAUAUUGACUCCUUCUUGACCUUUUACAAGAAGGCUCGUGCUAUCGGCAUUACUGUUCCCAUUUUGCCUGGUGUUUUCCCCAUCCAAAACUACACUGGUCUUAAGCGAGUCAUCUCUUUCAACAACAACUUUGUUCCUCAAAAGAUAUGGGAUGAUCUUGAACCCAUCAAGGAUGACGACACUGCUGUCAAGGAGUACGGUAUCAACUUGACCGUUGAAUUCAUCAAAAAAUUCCGUGAAAUUGGUGUCAAUGGUUUCCACAUUUACACCUUCAACCUGGAACGUUCUUCUCGUAUUGUCUUGGAGCGUCUGAACUUGAUGGCUCCUGUUGAAAGCAUCAAACCUUUGCCAUGGAACCCCUCUCUUACCAGCAAGCGUGCCAAAGAAAAUGUUCGUCCCAUCUUCUGGAAGAAUCGUGCCAAGAGUUAUAUUCAACGUACUGAAACCUGGGAUGAGUUCCCCAAUGGUCGUUGGGGUGAUUCUCGUUCUCCUGCUUUCGGUGAACUCGAUGGCUGGGGAAUUAAUCUCAAAUAUCCUGUUGAACAAUGUCUUGAAAUGUGGGGUAGCCCUACUUCUAUUGAUGAUGUCGCUCAAACAUUUGCUCGUUAUUGUAAGGGCCAAAUUGCCGGUAUCCCUUGGAGUGCACAACAACUCGAUGCUGAAACUGAUAUCAUUCGUCAACGUUUGGCUGCCAUCAACUUGUUGGGUUAUCUUUCUAUCAACUCUCAACCUGCUGUCAAUGGUGUCAAGAGCUCUCACAGUGUCUACGGUUGGGGUCCCAAGAACGGCUACGUUUUCCAAAAGGCUUACCUUGAAUUUUUCGUCUCACCUGAGAAGUUGGAUGAAUUAAUCGAAAAGGUUGGCAAGGAUCCUCAAGUUACUUACUAUGCUGUCAACAAGCAAGGCGAUCUCCGUACCAACACUCAAAGCGAUGAGCCUAAUGCUGUCACUUGGGGCGUGUUCCCUGGUAAGGAAAUUGUUCAGCCUACUAUCGUUGAAGCUGUUGCUUUCAUGGCUUGGAAGGACGAAGCCUUCGAGCUCUGGAACAGAUGGGCUCGUAUCUAUGAACGCGAGAGUGAAUCUGCUGAAUUGAUUUUGGGUAUCACCAAGAACUGGUACUUGAUCAACAUUGUUCACAACGAUUUCCAAGAUGAGAAUGGUAUCUGGAGACUCUUUGAUUUGGAGAUUGAUGGUGAAAUCUCUCGUAAGUUACUACAAUCUAAUACCGUUGCUCGUUAA